UAUUAGACGGCUCUCCCUCUCCGGUCAGUAGUCACCAAAUUAAAAAAGAGAAGAGAGAGAGAGAGAGAGACUGUGGCCAUUUGCCUACCACUAGUUCACAACAACUCGCUUUUCCUCGUUGAGAUGGAAAAUGAGCCUUUUCUGGCCUCCCAAACAAGGCCCCAGCCCCAGUCCUCCCAGCUCCAACCCAUUCUUGAACACCAUGAUCUCUCUUUCACUCUCCCUCAGUCUCUUUCCGGCCCAUUCAUAUUCCCUGAAAUCCAGGACCACCCACAAGAGCAACCCUCUUCUAGCCCCGGAGCUCCGGCCGACCACAGAUGGAAACCGAGUUCUCUCCAUCGCUCGAAGACGGCUCCAGCCAUGGUCGUCAUGCAAGACUUGAAACCAGAAUCAACCCAAGAUCCCAAGCCACAAUCUGACAACGACUCCAUUAUCAGGCAAGCCAUUUUCCUGCUUUCUAUGUAUUUACUUAUCGGCGUGGUUAUCUACUCUUUUAACAGAGAUAACUUCUCCGGUGUAGAAACCCACCCGGUUGUCGAUGCCCUCUAUUUCUGCAUAGUAACUAUGUGUACCAUUGGCUAUGGUGAUAUCGCUCCUUUGACACCUGAAACAAAAGUCUUUGCGUGCGUCUUUGUAUUGGUAGGUUUUGGAUUCAUAGACAUAUUACUUAGUGGGUUGGUUAACUAUGUUCUUGAUUUGCAAGAGAGCAUGAUCUUGGCUGGGAUUCAGAUGGGUAAAGCCCACCACCAAGGAUUUUCAGCUAGGAAUUACAUUGUCGAUGUUGAAAAGGGGAGGAUGAGGAUACGAUUGAAGGUUGGUUUGGCACUUGGCGUGGUUGUUUUGUGUAUUGGAAUCGGUAUGUUGGUUCUGUACUUUGUAGAGGAUCUGGAUUGGAUUGAUUCGAUCUAUUUGGCAGUUAUGUCAGUUACUACAGUUGGUUAUGGUGAUAGAGCUUUUAAGACUCUGCCCGGAAGGCUGUUUGCAGCUAUUUGGCUUUUGGUUUCUACGCUGGCGGUGGCAAGGGCGUUUCUUUACUUGGCAGAGGCUAGGAUUGAUAAGAGGCACAGAAGGAUCACCAAGUGGGUUUUACAUAGGGAGAUUACCGUUGAGGACUUGCUUGCUGCUAAUAUCAAUAACAAUGGUUUCAUUAGCAAAUCAGAAUAUGUAAUCUACAAGCUGAAAGAGAUGGGAAAGAUUGGGGAGAAAGAUAUAUUGCAGAUAUGCAAUCAAUUCAGCAAACUAGACCCCAACAACUUGGGAAAGAUAACCCUAACUGAUCUCUUGGAGAACCGUUUAUGACAAAUUAUUUUAGUACGAUUUUUUUCAACAGAAGAAGCUUGGGAGGAGGACAAAGGGAAGUAAGAACCUGAGAAUCUUCAUGCAAGAAGAAAUGCUGGCAUACAUGCACAAUUGUUGUCCUAUCUAGCAAAAGACGGUAGCCGAUUAGCCAUGGCAAGCCGGUUCACGAGGAACUGUACAGCCAUGGGAGGUCACUUCUUGGUGAUAAUACAAUGAUGACAGGAGAAAAAAAGGAAUGAAAACACAAGGUUGCCUUCAUGAGCUCAUCCAUCCUCCAGCCCUAUGACCCAAAAUCUAGAUCUUGUGUCCUGGGACCUUGAAUUGUGUAUGACAACUUGACAAUGUGAUUACGCAUUGAUACUGAACUAUUCACAAGGGGAAAAUGCAAAAUGCAACCAGAAGAUUAUACAACCCAAA